AUGUCUCGCCCAGAUUCUUCACUGGACAGCAGCGAGAAGGACAGGAACGCGCCGCUGGACCACCCUAACUCCGAUCAGUCUACAACCGAGACGAAGUUCUCCGAGAGCAAUAACAGCAACCUUAAUGAAGAUAAAAAACAAGAUGUUGAAGGAAGAAUACCAACCAGUGCCGCCUCCGCUACCGUGGCCACUGCAGAGCACGAACUAUACGAACCCUACGACAACGGCUACCACUUCCCACCCGCACACACCAAGUCGCAGUCUAUGAAAAUUGGCGCAAAAGCGUUCUGGAAUUACACCUGCACGCCCCUCGGCUUUUUCGUCGUUCUCUACGGCCUGAAUGUCGUUGCUUGGGGCGGCAUGCUGUUUCUGCUACUUUGCAAUGCGUCCCCGGCAAUGUGCUACCCGACAUGCAACGAUAUCAACUCUCCCCGGCGCAAAUGGAUCGAAUGGGAUUCACAGAUUCUGAACGCUCUGUUCUGCGUCACAGGAUUCGGAUUGGCGCCGUGGAGAUUCCGUGAUUUGUAUUUCUUGAUGCAGUAUCGCAUCCUGAAGAAACCUGAAGCUCUUGGCCGGCUUGCGGGUAUACACCGCGGAUGGUUCCGUUUGCCUGGGUCUGACCAACUCCCUGUCCAUAUUGGCCCCGAAAACGUCAUGGAGCUGGCAAACGAACGGCCUGUGUUGCACAUUCCGCACCCCGAGAAAGCUAUUCCAAACGCUCCCCUCACUGGAGUUCGAGCACCUCCCACAGCAAUUUGGAAAAUGGACUUCGUCAUCUGGUUCAAUGUGUGGAACACAUUCUUGCAGUGUGUUCUCUCAGGCUUCAUGUGGGGAAUGAACAGAUUCGAUCGACCCAGUUGGUCCACCGGUCUUUUCGUUGCGCUUGCUUGUUUGGCGGCUGCCAUAGGAGGCUUGAUGAUGUUCUUCGAGGGUAAGAAAGUGAAGAGCAUUGAAGGCGUGCCGCUCAGCAAAGAAGAUGAGGAGCGUCUGGCCAAAGAUAAGGAGAUGGGAGUUCACCAUUACAACAACAUCAAGGACAAGAAGCCCAAGGAAAAGAAAUAG